AUUGGCCGCCUCGUUGAUGGGUCCGACUGAGUUGUAGUGAUCGAGGUUCUAUUGCGGUUUAUGGUUCUUCGGCGUUUGAAAGUGCGAGCGUUUGCGCCGGGGCGUGCAUAUACUCGGACGCUGUUGUGUACUCGAAGAUCUCAUUUUCGUCGCGGUCAAUUUUGGUUUGGUGGUCUUUUUAUUUCGUGUCUUGUCGGCAUCGCCUACACGUCCUUUCGCUAGGUAUCAUGACAGAUGGGCGUCAUGGGAGCUCUGUGGAAGAGAGCUUGGACUGCCCGCUCUGUCUAGAGCCCCUUGACGACACAGAAAGGGGCUUCAAGCCGUGUCCCUGCGGGUAUCAGAUGUGCACGUUUUGUUGGGAUCGAGUGAGUUCCGACAAGUGCCCUGCAUGUAGGCGUGGCUACAAUCCUGACUCAUACGCGUGGAUAGAGGUUUCUCGUUUACCGCGUUCAGGGGAAAAAAAGGGGCACAAGAGCAAGGUGACGGACGCGUCAGCGGCGUUCAAGUCGAAGAAGUCCCUGUUCAACAUAAGAGUUAUACAGCGCAAUUUGGUAUACGUCAAGAACCUGGCGCUGGAGAUUGCGAAGGAAGAGAUAUUAAAACAGCAAGAAUAUUUUGGCCAGUAUGGCAAGAUUAUAAAGAUGGUGAUUAAUCGAUCGCAUGUUUACCAGGGUGCGAGCGUAUCGUGUUAUGUGACAUACUCGACGCCGGAGGAGGCAUGUUUGUGCAUAAGGUCGAUAGAUGGGUUUGAGCUCAGACAGAGGAAGUUGCGCGCGUCAUUUGGCACGACGAAGUACUGUUCUUAUUUUUUGCGAAACAAGACUUGCACGAAUUCGGAUUGCAUGUAUUUGCAUUCCAUGAGUGAGAAAGAGGAUAACUUUACGAAGGAGGACAUGCAGGUGGGGAAACACUUACUCAGAGUCCCGUCUUUUGUCCCGUUGAGUCAGACGGAUCCUGGUUACGUGCAGUCGAUUCGUAGCGGGUUUCCGCCGCCGAGGGCGGUUGUGCAGCCUCAGCGUUUGGAGUCCCGGGAGGAUGGCGACGCGGGGGCGGACGAGUCUUCGCGGAUUGCGACUGGGUUCCACUUGGAAGAGGGUCAGUGUCACGCUCACUCGCGCGAUUUGACAGGAUCGAACAGAGUCAAGAGCGCGGCUGCGCAGAGGGGCGUGGCGGGCUUUAAGAGUGCUGGUCACUUGGCGGCUUCGGAGGGGUUCUUUGCAGUGAGAGCUCGAAGUUGUUCUAAAUCUAAAGUUGUCAGAGGCUUCAAGAAAUAUGUACCGAGGUCGACAAGACACGAGGGAAACGCCAACGUCCCAGCCGGGCGCGAGACUGGCCAGGCGCAAGACUGCGGUCGUCACCGAAUAUCGGACGACAGCGAAGACAACAGCAUGUCGGCAUUCGGCCUUCCUGACGCGGAGGAGUGCAGUACAGAUUCUGCCGCGUCACCCGUUGACAGGUUCGCGCAACACUUCUCUCAGUCGAGGGCGGCGAACGGUCGUCCCCCCUUGUUGGCCAGGGUGAGGAGCGACCUCAGGGACGAGUUUAGAGUUGAUCUCAGGGGCGGCCUCGCGGAUGAUCACAGGGUUGACCUGAAGGGAGACCUCGGGGUCGAGUCCAAGGGAGACCGCUCGUCUCGGUCCAGGUCGAGCCCCCUGCUCGAGGGUGAUUCACCCGUUGAGGCAAGGAGCGAACGAGCGCUGCUCUCGAGUCCGGAGCACCUGCUGGUCGACUGCGCGAGAAACCCCGCCGAGGCGAGUGUCGGACAGGCGGACGGCAAAAAGUCCGCGUACCCCUCUUUCGCGUCGAUGCCCACUGGUGUGUGGCAAUCCUUUGCGGGUGGAACCUUGUACGACGACUGGACUCGAGCGCCGAGAGGGGAGGACUUGUUUCAAGGCGUCGACGUUAUCCAGAACUGCGCCUUUGGACGCGGUCCCAUGUGUUUUGAAUCUGAGUCCUACUUAGCCGACAGCGGCAUUCGGCUCGAAAACAGAGGUUUGGCUUGUGAAGAAUACGGCUAUUAUCCGGUGGCGGCGGGCGCCAAUUUUCAGCAAAAAUCAGAUUUUGACAGGUACGACUCUCGCCCACCCUCUUAUUUCUACUCCCAGUUCGACGACAAGCCUCCAUUUGGUCUGGAUGGCACGCUACACUGCGCUGGCGACUUCAAUUUCCAAACCAGACUCGACGCCGCCUCCGCUCGCGAAUUGCCGAAGCUCGUCGACCAAACCUGCCUGGCGCCGCCUCGUCAAGAUACAGAUGACUCGUCUUCCGUCCUCAUCUCCGACGCCUAUCCCUCGGAACGCCUCGUACACGUUCACAGCCAGAACUACGUCUGCAAUGAACACUCCAUUGUGGUCGACGACCUAAACCUGUCAGCCAUGCAAGUCCCGGUCCCACGGCCUCUGGCGCCUAGACUUACCUUCUGUCCAGACCCCGCCGCCCUACCCGCGGACUCCAACCCAACACAUCACCGCGUUGUAAAUUCAGACUCUACGCCGUGGCCGAACGAAUCCCUUCCCUCCAACUCCACCUCAUACUCUAACACACACAACCGAGCUCCCCCUUCAGGCAACCACCAACUGCAUGGCACGUUCUCGCCCACAAACACAACCUCUAACUCACCGCCCUACGAGCACUCCUGCUACGGCAAGCAGGCAAACCCAUUCUCCCCCCCUGUCAUCGGGCACGACGAACACUGCUCAAAUCAAAAACACACAACUACACACACAAACCCGCCCAAGUUCCUCCGUAACGGCGGGCGACCCGUCGGCACUGAAUACGAAGCACCCCGCUAUCCGCCUCUCCCACCUUCCACCCUUCGCCAAAACCCAGACUCAACCACCCUAGACCCAGGGGGUGGUAGUCACCCAUCACCCCCCCCCUCCGAACCUACCCCUCCAAACCCUACUAACGACAUUCCCAGGCCGCACCGUGAGCUCUUCCCUCCAAACGGCAUCGGCACUGCCCAAGAGGGCGACUCGACCCUCUCUCCCUCCAUCAACGACCUAACACACAUCUCAGACCACCGCGUCACCCUCUGCGCUCCUUCCCUCUCCUCCACCACUGCUCCACCUCACCCAGCCCUCUUCGACCACCACCGCUCCUCUCAACAAUUCCAUCAAAAAAAAAUCGCCCAACCGCCCAACCUCUACCUGUCCCAGCUCCGCUGGCCUCUCAACAAAACCCCCUCAGAAUCCGUCGCUCCUCCCCCCACCCCCGAUCCUCACCCAAAACCGUCCCCCACCCACCCGUCCAUCUUUCACCCCCUCUCAAACGGGCACCCCCUCUCUCAACACAACAUCUGGUCAACCCCGUCCAUAGACGACAAACACGACUCCCGCGACCCGUUCUCGCCCAUCAACCAACCACCUGGUCAAUUCAUCCUCUACUCCCUCGGCCAGAACCGCACGCUCUCUCACCACCUGUCACCUAACAACCCAUAACCCUGACAUACACACACAUGUAUAUGUACACAACACAUACACGCAU